CACAACAACAGGCGAGAGGGAGGCAGCAGCUGGGAGAGAAGGAGACAGACACACUGCGGAAAGACAAGGACACAGAGACACGGGGAGAGUUUGUCCUCCAUCCAUGGAGGUUUUCACCGCGGGACAGGAGGACAAGUGACGGAGACAAGUCGCUCUCAUCAUGGCUAAAAACCAGGAAGUGGAGCGCAUCGCCAAAAAGCUGGAUAAAAUGGUGCACAAGAAGAACACGGACGGAGCUCUGGACCUGCUGAGGGAACUGAAGAACAUCAAGAUGUCUCUGGAAACCCUGCAGUCGACCAGAGUCGGGAUGUCGGUGAACGCGGUGAGGAAACACAGUUCAGAGGAAGAAGUUCAGACUUUGGCAAAAGCUCUCAUCAAGUCCUGGAAGAAACUGCUGGAUGGUUCAGAGGGGAAGUCUGAGGAGAAGAAGAAGGAAGGCUCUCCUGUGAGGUCAUCGUCCACCUCCAAGGACUCCGGCAGCAGCGAGAAAAGCAGUAAGAAGUCUGGGGAGCCUCCCACCACCCCCACCACCCCUACCACCCCAACCACACCCACCUCCCCCACUACUACAACCCUUCCUCCUCGGAUCACCUCUUUCCCCCCCGCCCCCGUCACCACCGACAGUGUGCGGAACAAGUGUCGAGAGCUGCUGGUGGCGGCGCUGCAGACUGAUGACGACCACAAGACGAUGGCAGUGGACUGCGAGCACCUUGCAGCACAAAUUGAAGAGGAGAUCUUCCAGGAGUUUAAGUCGACGGAUAUAAAAUAUAAAUCUCGUCUACGAAGCCGAAUCUCCAACCUCAAGGACCAGAAGAAUCCUGACCUGCGGCGCAACGUCCUCUGUGGAAACAUCUCGGCUCAGCGCAUCGCUUCCAUGACCUCUGAGGAGAUGGCGAGUGCAGAGCUGAAGCAGAUGAGAGAGGCUCUGACUAAAGAGUCCAUCAGAGAACAUCAGCUGUCGAAGGUCGGGGGAACUGAGACGGACAUGUUCAUCUGCAACAAGUGUCACGGAAAGAGCUGCUCGUACACACAGGUGCAGAUCCGCAGUGCUGAUGAGCCCAUGACGACCUUUGUGGUGUGUAACAGCUGCGGCCACCGAUGGAAGUUCUGUUGAAGAGGACGUGUGUGUGCGUGUGUGUGUGUGCGCGUGUGUGUGUGUGUGUGUUAUCAUGAGGCAAACUGACUAAACCAAAUUAAUUUUGGAUUUAAAAAAUACAUUUAGUGUUUUUGUUUUGUAUAAUUUCUUUUUAUACAUAUAUAUAUAUAAAAGUAAAAGCUGUAAUAUAUUUAGAGAAGAAUCUGCCAGUUUCAUGUUGUCUAUUGGUUCAUUUGUUUUGUACGGAGCACUUAGAGUUUAUUUCUCACAUUAGAUGAAGCUUGGAGCCAGAUUGAAAUCACAUGUAGGCCUUGUGGAAACAGCAGAUGUGCCUUUCUUUGCCAUGUUGUGCUGCCACAAUAUUUUGCCUUUAACAUUUCUAUUAAAGUUGCUCUUGGA